CUUAUGUAACUACCACUCUGUUGAGUCUUCUUCUCCAAAGUCUCUCAAAUUGUCUCCCCAACAUUUCACUGAUCUUUCGUGAAGAAAAAGCCAAACUUCCAAAACCCUAACCCUAGUUUCAGUACCCUAGAUCGGCAAUGAAUUCGAAUUCCGCAAGAUUGCUGCUCAGGAACCUCGUCCUCCACCGCCAAAACUGCAUCAGCAUCUGGGCCCACCAACCCAAUGGCUACUCUCCCGUCUCCUCGAUAAAGUCCUCUGAAAUCCUAGGAUCCAGAGAACCGAGGGAUCUUUACUUCGCGAUUUCCCCAUGGAAGCGGAUGCUGAGCUCAGCUUCUGCACCGCAGGCGGAAUCGACGGCUGCAAAGGAGAAACGGGAGGAAGUGAGGGAGAUCUCGGUUUCGGAUGGCGGGAAGGGAGAUAUUGGGAAGCGGCCGCGGGAGGGAGUCACAGUUUCAAGCUAUUGGGGCGUGGGCCCGCCGAAGGUGACAAGGGAGGACGGAUCAGCUUGGCCCUGGAAUUGCUUCAUGCCAUGGGAUGCUUAUAAAGCUGAUUUGGCAAUUGAUCUGACGAAGCACCAUGUCCCAAAGACAUUUCUAGACAAGUUCGCUUAUAGGACGGUAAAGCUUCUUAGAAUUCCAACAGACAUGUUUUUUCAGAGGAGAUAUGGAUGUCAUGCUAUGAUGCUCGAAACAGUAGCUGCUGUUCCAGGAAUGGUGGGAGGAAUGUUACUGCACCUCAAGUCUCUCCGCAAGUUCCAACAAAGUGGUGGUUGGAUCAAGGCCUUGCUAGAAGAAGCAGAGAACGAGAGGAUGCACCUGAUGACUAUGGUGGAGAUAGUGCAGCCAAAAUGGUAUGAGAGGUUGCUGGUUCUCACUGUCCAGGGAGUCUUCUUCAAUGCCUUCUUCGUUCUCUAUCUGCUAUCUCCUAAGCUGGCUCAUAGGGUUGUUGGUUAUCUUGAGGAGGAAGCCGUGCAUUCAUACACUGAGUUCUUGAAGGAAAUUGACAGCGGAGCGAUAGAAAAUAUUCCAGCUCCUGCUAUUGCUAUAGACUAUUGGAGGCUACCGAAGGAUGCUACCCUGAAGGAUGUUGUGAUUGUGAUAAGAGCUGAUGAAGCACACCAUCGAGAUGUCAACCACUUCGCUUCUGACAUUCAUUUCCAGGGGAAGGAAUUGAGGGAAGCUCCAGCUCCUGUUGGGUACCAUUGAUUUGUUUCUUUUUAAGUGUAGAUGUAUGGUACUGUUGCUCUCCUGAACAUGAAAAAGAAUAAGUGUUAUGUUUGCAUUAAUGGGUCUCAGAUAUAUUAGAUUCGAACGAGAGGAAUAUCUCACCCUGUCAGAGAACCAACAAAUGGAUGGAUAGUAAUGUCCGGUUACACGGUAAGAGAAUGUGAAAUUAUUCCUUUUAGUAGUAGAGACUCUACAUACCAGUUUCUACUGUGUUCAAAGACAUUGUUCUUGUAUAAUGUCAUCCCCUUGGGUUA